AUGAGUGCUAAUACGAAAAUAUCUUCUUUCUCGGAAACCGAUUCUUCUUCCUCUUUGGUCAAGAAGAAUUAUUAUGAAGUCAUUGCAGGACUUGCAGAACUAGAACGAUCGCAAGAUAUCACAUUUACCAAAGAAGAACUAUACCAGCUAACGAAGCCCGUUCCACUAAAGAAAGCCGAAGCUAAGAGUAAAAGACAUAUCGUACAUGCUUACCUGGGAGGGAAUAUAGAUAUAAAAGACACUACAGAAUACGAUUUAAGCCAUACAUUGUUGGGGACUCAUGUGCCCCAGAAACAAUUGGAAAUGUUAUCUAGCAUUGACUUUGCCCAAUUGUUUCAUAAGACUUUGGAAUGUGAGAAUGCUCUACAAAUCAACGACAUGUUUUUUGAUGGCCUAACGCCUUCACCAAGGAAGAGUGAUCCUCAAGAUAGCAAAGAAGCUACAACCAAGGGAGUAAGAAAAGUCGUUGUAUGCAAAAGAUGCCAGUCAAGAUUCAAAGGACCUCUGAGGAUGAAACAACUGGAGAAACAUACGUGUAACACCAGAAGAAGACAUUAA